CUUGGAGGCUGCUGGGAGCUGAGUAGCCAUGGCGACGGCGGGGCGCUAUGGCGCCGCUGCUCUGCUCCUGGCGCUCAGCGUGCGGCUCUCGGCUGGGCAGAGCUUCUCCCUGCCUCUGCGCCAGCCGCAGGACUGCGGCGAUGCCCGUUACUUCGAUAUCUCCAGCCUGGCGUGCGGCCAGUGCGGGCCCCACCAGGGGCGGAGCGCCUGGGGUAUUUCAUGUGUAUGUCUACCAGGAUUCAAGAUGGUUUCUAAUAAUGGUGGGCCUUCUGUUGUUUGUGAAAAAUGCCCAGAGAAUAUGAGUGGCGUUACUGAAGAUGGGUGGAAUUGUAUUACUUGUCCUAAAGGCUUAACUACAGAAGGAAAAUGUAAAUGCGCCAUUAAUGAAAUUUUGGUGGAAAGAGAUGUUAAUGGCACGUUGUUGAAUGAAGCAUUGUGUAUACGCUGUGAUGCAAAUGAACCAUCAUUCUCUGCUUCAAAUGUUUUGGGAGAUAGGUGUAUAAGAUGUGAACAAACAUUCAUCAAUAUAAGUGAGUCUUGUGACUGUUCGGACCCAAAUAUUUUGACUGGAGGGUUAUGCUUCAGUAACAGCAGAAACUUCCCCUCAAAGGCAGUUGCAACUGUACGUUAUGGACAGCUAGGUAUAACAGUGGUAUCAGCAUGGUUUCUGAAAAACCUACAAGCAUCAGCGGCUGCUUGUUGGCUGUACUCCAAUCUAACAUCAUGCCAAGCACUUGGAAAUAUGUGUGUGAUGAACAUGAACUCAUUAAGCUCUACCACUAGUGAUGCAUGUGGUCUGUUUCAGUAUGUCUAUGCAAAUACAGCAGGGCUAGGCACUGUUCAUUCAGUAUCCUUCUGGAGACAGAAUCUUCCAUGGCUGUACUACGGUGACCAGCCAGGAUUAGCAUCUCAAGUACUUGAUACAACCCAGUUCCCUACAAGCUUCAGUUUUAAAGGAACAAACAAGAAUAUAAAACUGCAGCUUAUCGCAGCUUCAUAUGAUGCAGAGGGAAACUUUCUUAAAUGGCAAAAUUUGGAAGGAGGUGUCUUGCAGCUUUGUCCUGACACACUGACUAGACUGAAUGCUGCUUAUAUUUUUGGAACAACUUAUCAACAAAGUUGUACAAUUUCUGUUUCCAAGAUGUUAUCGGAUUUUGCUAAUCCGAUAUUUUAUGAUGUGUAUCUUGAAUAUCAUGAUGAUGAUAGUGGACAGCAAUAUCUGUGGGCCGUGCCAGUUUUAAACUUAAAUCUCCAAUACAAUGAAAUGUCUGUGAAUCAAGGCAGCAAUAAGAACAAUUGGCUUUUGACUCGUCGGAUGUUUUUGGUGGAUAGUUUAAGUGGACAAGAGAGUGACUUGGGAAAACAACCAAGAAUAAUUCGAAUUGCUAGCAAAAUAACCAUCAGUAUUCGUCUUAUUCCCAGUACUCAGAGAGGAACUAUCUAUCCCCCUCUAAUUACCAUUGCCUACAAGGAUGUUCUUGUCCAAAACCCAGAUACCCAGAGUGUGAUGGUUUCCUUCUCAGUUAAUUAUGAAAUGAACCAAUCAGAGGCUCAAAUUCAGACAGAUAUUGCAUUGGGUGUGCUUGGUGGACUGUCAGUUUUAUGGUCUCUUCUGAAGACUGCUGGCUGGAAGAGGCGGAUAGGGAGCCCUAUAAUUGACUUGCAGACAGUUUUGAAGUUCUUGCUGUUUUAUGCUGGAGACCUUGCCAACGUUUUCUUUAUCAUCACAGUGGGAACAGGGCUUUACUGGCUUAUUUUCUUCAAAGCACAGCAAUUUGUCUCGGUUCUUUUACCACUUCCAUCUCAAGAAGAGGAUUUUGUUACAUAUGUAGGAUGUGCUUUUGCUCUAAAGGCUCUGCAAUUUUUGCAUAAGCUAUUUUCGCAACUUACUGUAGAUGUUUUCUUUAUUGACUGGGAGCGUCCUAAAGGCAAAAUCCUUAAAGCUAUUGAAGGUGAAGGUGGCAUAAAAAGUGCUGCUGCACCUGUGAGCAUAUGGAGGACAUAUUUUAUAGCAAAUGAAUGGAAUGAAAUUCAGACUGUGAGGAAGAUAAAUCCACUCUUUCAAGUCCUUGCAGUUCUUUUCUUUUUGGAGGUUGUUGGAUUUUCAAACCUGGCAUUAAUGGAUUCUUCUUCGAGUCUUACAAGAAGCAGUGAGAGUUACAUAGCUCCCUGGAGCCGCAUUCUGAGAUUUGGUGUGUCUACUGUCCUCUGGCUAGUCAUUGCCAUGUUACAGAUCAUAUUCUUUGCUGUAUUUUAUGAGAGAUUUGUAGAAGAUAAGAUAAGACAAUUUGUUGAUUUGUGCUCUAUGAGCAAUAUUUCGGUAUUUCUCUUAUCACACAGAUGCUUUGGGUAUUAUAUCCAUGGUCGGUCUGUGCAUGGACAUGCAGAUACCAAUAUGGAAGAAAUGAAUAUGAACCUAAAGAGAGAAGCGGAAAAUUUGUGUAGUCAAAGAGGUUUAUUACCCAACACAGAUGGCCAGACGUUUCAGAUUUCCAUUUCAGGCAAGAUGAGACAGCAGUAUGAUAGGAUUCAUGAAACCCUAACAAGGAAACAUGGUCCUGCUAGACUUUUAGAUUCAUCUGCAACUACUUUUGAACAGAGUACUAAGGCAUACCAUACCAUGAACAAAUUUCUUGGCUCCUUUAUUGACCACAAAAAUGAGUUUCUGGCAGGGAAGCAAAGGGAAGCCACAAGAGUGGUUACGGGCCCCUUGGAGCAACAGGCAGAGAGGUAAAUCACUAUGGUGGGGCUGGGGACACUCCAGCCAGUGCCAGGUCAGACCCACUCCCGAUGCAUCCGGAACCCCCAAUAUCCAGACUCUCCCGCUGAGUUCCCUGUACCCGGAGCCCCCCUGUGCCCAGACCAUCCCCACCCCCCGAAACCUCCUACUCCUGCACCCAGCCCUUGCCAGCCUCAUCCCGGCCGGGGGGUCCUACCCUGAGCCGGGCUCAGCUGCUAGUCCCAGCAAGGCUGGGGGUCGGGGAGAAGGACACUUCCCUUGCACGGAGCGGCUGGGCCAGGGCCGGGUCAGAUCCCCUGGCUCUGCACCUCCCCCCCCCCCACUUCCUGCCCCCAUCACUCCUCAGCUGCGGGGUGAGGGGUCACUGUGUGAGGAGCUGCUUCCCUGUCUGCCCAACCCUCCUGCAUCUGGACCCCCAUCCCUACACCCAGACCACCCCCUGCACUCAAACCCCCACCCGAUGAGCCCUACCCCCUAUACACUUGGACCAUCCCACGAGCCCCCCGCACCUGGAUCCCAACCCCUCUGAGCCCCAACCAGCUCCACCCAGAUCUCCACUCCCCCCAGCACCCAGACCCCCCUGCUGAGCUCCCCAGAUUCCCCCCCAUUAUGCCCCAUGUCCACACACUCAGAAACACCCCCCGUGAAUCCCAGCUACAUUCACCUGGAGCCCCUUGCAGAGUCCCAUUGCCCCUGCACCCAGAAACCCCCCAACGAGCCCCUAUGCAUCCAGAUGCCCUCUGCACCCAGACCUUCCCCCACUGAGCUGCCAGCACUCAGAUUGGCCCACACAGAACCCUCUCACCCACACCUGGAUCCCUCCACAUACUUGUAUCCUGCCGCACUGAGCCUGGUUGCUCACACCUGGUGUGCGUGGCACAGUUUUGCUCACCGUGGUGAGUUGCUUCACCUGCUACUCUUGAGGCAAUAAAUAAAUAUGGAGGUUCCAGCACGUACUGGGGCAGGCCUGGCCCUUGUGCUGUGUCAGGGUCAGGGUCAGGUGCAGCCUCACCACUCAGUUGGUGUCCUGGGGACGAGUUGCAGGGUGAUCUCGCACCUCCGUGCAGCCAUUGGCUUCUGUUCCCCACUGCUAUGCUGGAGCCUCCAGAUCUAUUUAUUGACAAAUAAAAUUUGCAGAAUUUUAAAAUAUUGUGUGCAGAAUUUUUAAUUGUUUGGCUCAGAAUUCCCUCAGGAGUAAACAGAGUGGACAGUACUCUUUUAAUUCAUACUACUAUUUUAAGUAGUUAUUCUCCACCUUUUGUAAAGUGCACUUCUAGCAUUUUUUACCCUGAGGAUCCUAGAGCUAAGUAUUGGGGGGGGGGGGGUUGUUUG